AUGUUGAGGACCAUCAGGAGUGGGGACGUGGAUUGGUUGUUGGACGUGUUGGCCAAUUCUUCCGGCUUCAACUUGUUGAUUUUGAAUUCCUUGACCUCCCUGAGUACCAAUCUGACCUCCUUGUUGGAAGUUCAGUCUUGGGCCUUGACGGAAUUGUUGUUGACCAGCAAAACGAUCGAAUUGUUCAGGUCUUCUCAGCUGAACAGUCUCGAAUCGUUCGUUCUGUGA